AUGUCGGCCACGCGGGCACACACACUGUUGGCGCCAGAUCCUAACUCAGUGGCCGAGAAGGUAGGUGGUGGCUGCAGGAUGGACAAGGUAGGCAGUGGCUGCAGGAUGGACAAGCACCCACCCAUCCACUCAUCCAUUCACCCACCCACCUUCCCAUCCAUCCAUCUCCCCAUUCAUCUAUUCACCCACCCACCAUCUGCCCAUUCACCUACUCAUCCAUUCAUCCAUCUACAAUCCUCCAUCUACCAUCCAUCUAUUCGCCAUCUAUCCUCUAUCCUUCAUCCAUCCAUCCAUCCAUCUAUCCAUCCAUCCUGCACCUCACCAUUUACCAUCCAUCCAUUCAUUCAUCAUCCAUCCAUCCAUCCAUGCAUCCAUCCAUCCAUUCACCAUCCAUCCAUCCAUCCAUCCAUCCAUCCAUCC